GUCCCUUCGAUCCUGUAGACUAAGUAGUUUCAGUCUUGGUCAUUAAUCAAUUUGGCGGAACCGAACUGACAGAGCUCCUCCCAUUCCUCCUCCGCCGAAUCCGCCGUCCAAGUCCACUCUCUGGCACUCCCACCUGCCCUAGUCUUAUAUAAAGUUCUCCCCCUCUCCUCCAUCCUUCUGAAGUAAGCUCUGUGCCUCUGUACCUCUCUCACCCCUCAAUUUCCGGACCCCAAGGAUCACCAUGAAGUUCUCCAUCCUCCCCCUGGCGGCUCUCGCCCCCCUGGCCGCUGCCCACUUCGAACUCGAGUACCCCACGAGCCGCGAUGGCACCGAAGACAAUAUGGUGAACUUCCCCUGCGGCAGUGCGGCCCAGUCCAGCAACCGCACCCAGGUCUCCAUUUCCGCCGGCUCCUUCCCCGUCGCGCUGUCCAUGGGCCACUCCCAGACCGCCGUCGAGGUGCUCCUGGCCCUGGGCACCGACCCCGGCACCAACUUCAACAUCACCCUGCACAAGACCUUCGAGAUCGAGGGCCUGGGUGCCUUCUGCCUGCCCCACAUCACCUUCGAUGAGUCCAUCCUCGGCACCAACAUCACGGAUGGCAUGAACGCCACCGUUCAGGUGCAGAGCAACGGCGAUCCUUCUGGAGGUCUUUAUGCUUGCGCCGACAUCCAGUUCUCCUCGACCGUGAGCUACGACGAGCCUUCGACCUGCAAGAACAACACCGGCGUCAAGGCUGUCGAGUUCACCGGCGCCGCCGCUGACCGCAAUGCCAACGAGUCGACCGCCACCGGCGGUGCCCAGGACGGCUCUUCAUCUAGCAGCGGCAGCAGCAGCAGCUCUUCCGCCAGUGGCUCCAGCAGCACUGCUACCUCCACUGGUGCUGCGGUUCCUCUGCAGACCGCUGCUUGGGGAAUGCUCGGUGCCGCUGUUGUCGGCGGUCUUGCUGUUCUGUAAACGAGCGAGGACUUUUGGGCCACAUCGAAGCCCAUGUCUUAGAUUGUGGAAGAAUGCUGCACUACUCAGAUGGUAUGGAGAGAGAGGGUGCGUGAGAGAGCGAGAGAGAGACAAAAAAGAGAACGAGAUGAUAAAGAAAAAAGCCAACGAAUGACAUUUUCGAAGGAACGAUCAUGAUCUGACGAUAAUUUCCCACACAGCGCUUGUUGAUAUUGCG